ACUGUUAAAUACGGCGUUCUUGCCGUUUUCGAAACUACCGUACGUGGUAGCCCGAAUCCAGAAGUCACUUGGUAUAUCAACGGUAUAAAAAUGGAGAAAGACACGCCGGGAGUGAAGAUUGAGUUUGUCAAUCAUGAUCACAAACUCACAAUCGACUCAGCUCAUUAUGCGGGUACAGUUCUGUGCAGGGCUGAAAACGUUGUUGGCCGAUUUGAGACAAAAGCACGGCUAAAUGUCAUUCCCCAAGAAAAACCAAAGAAAGCUCCGCGCUUCUCCGAAUUGCUUAGCGACAAAACAGAAACCGAAGGGAACACUGUUGUGUUCGAGGGUGCUUCAUGUUUCAUAACACCUGACGUGGUGUUGCUUGGAAUGAUGUCGAAGAUUAAUGUGCUGUUUGUUUAG